GAUCCUUCGUCCUUUUCAGUCAUUGAUCGAAUCCGAAUACGUAGAUGAGCAUGGAUUUUGUUGAGUCACCAGCUAUUCCUCCUUCAUUCCUUGCCCCCCGUAGAAUGGAGCCAUCAUGAGCAGCGGUAUCAUCUGGAGAGAACCGACUGUAGUUGCCGCGCUACGAUUGGCGCGAAAGAUGCGGUGAAGUGACGCCAGCGAAUGGCAAGUUGGAGGAAUCGCCCAGCAGCGCCCUCCCCGCCCAAUCAAGCGGAGCCUCGGCCGUCCUCCCGGUUCCACUUGCGGGAAAAAUCGACGUUACUUUUUGGCCUCGAAUCCUCACCCUUCUUCUCUUCCCCCCUCUCCUUCUUUUCCCCCCACCACCAUCUACUUCGCUCUUCGGCUUCUUAUCCCAUUCACCCACCAUCCCUUUACAACUGUCACCUACAACAUAUCGUCGAGAAUUCCUGCCAAAUGGCUUUCGCUGAGCUGUAAAUCGCCCCGCUGGGGAGCCUGUUCUCGCCGGCUCCCCAGUCCAGCAGCUCCGAUCCUCAAUUCCCACUCGACGAUAUUUGUUUACCUCUUUCGACGCCCGCCGUGAAGCGUCGGAAUUGCCCCCCAGUACAGUCCUAGAAGGAGCACUUUCAGCGUCCGGCACGGACUGCAGGUGCUUGCGUGUUUACGAUAAUCCAAGUCUUGAGCGCUCAUCCCCCCCCCUCUCUCUUCCGACCUCCCUCGACCUCUUUUGAUACCUCUCAUCCAUCCAUCCUCCAACCAACGAAUACUCUUCCUAUCUUCCUCAGAGUUUCUCGACACCUCCUGCAUAUUCUUGUGGAACAUUGCGAAAAUAACCCCGACUCUUCUCUCAAAUUCGGACUCGACCUCCAAAACGAUUUGAUAUCAUUUCAUCACCUUCAAUACAAAAAACCUCUCAAUCUCUUCUAAACAACCUACAAAAUUUCUAUCACAAUGCCUCAAUCAAACCCCUAUGCCUCUAAGAAGGCCCCUAAGGGUUCCUCCAAAACCGUCCGUCCCUCGACCCCGGAUGCCAAUAUCCUGCGGCAACUCGACUUGUCCCCUCAGACGGCGAACCAGAACAAAAAGCAGAGUCACGGGCGAAUGGGCGGACAGAAUUCGUCUGGCCGGAAACGACGGGCAUCAACGUCUUCCGUCUCCAGUGUCUCAUCCGUUUCAUCCAUUGACGAUCUCGAACUCGAGGGCGGCCUUAGUGACGAUCUGGACGAUUCGGAAGAUGAUGCGGAUGACGAAGAAGACCGCCCACGAGCCGUCGCCCCGUCGUACGGUCGUCGUCAAUCCACUUCCCGGAAGACGGGGCGCCAGCCUGCCAAAAGCAAACGAAGACGGGUCUCUGACGACGAGGACUCGGACAGUCACUUUAUUAGCGAUCCUAGCGAUUCCGAGGAGAGCUCGGAUGAUGUUUAUGCCGCAGUAGACUACAUUACUGAUGGAGAUGAUGAGGAGGGCGAUGUGGAAAAGCUAGAGGAGCUCAUGAUCAUGGAAUCUGAGAACAAGCACCGGGUGUUGCCCUCCUCGGAGAUCUCGGAGAGCCAAUGGGUUGGCACUGAGAUGUUUGGCGACUCUAUGCUUCUACCUGCUGCAUCUUUCUUCGAUGAGGAGCAGCUCUACAGCGCUAUGGAGGCUUUUGGUGAGACCGAUGUGGCCAGUGAGGCCGUGGAAACUCCCGUGGCUCGUCGGGUCCACUUUGAGGAGCGGUCGGACUCAUCUUCCGAUAGUGAUUCUCACUCGGAUGAUGAGAUUCCUGGCGAUUUCCUCCAGCAAGACGCCCUGGACCCACAACUGCGUCGCAUGAUCGAAAACGACAACAACAACGAUUACUACCGCAGCCACCGCCAAAAAUCUGAGGAGAUGUAUGGCGAUGCUGACUACGGCCACGGAAACAUUUACCACGUUGAAUCCGAAGGAACUUCCGAGGGCAGCCUCAGCGGUUAUGAGACCGAUGAUGGUGAUACCACAGAUGAAGACCUGCCUCCCCCUGCUACUAUUACCCACCCGCGUUCUCUUCUUCGCCGCGACUCCACCGACUCCCUGGUCGCCCCCGGCGAAGACAAGGCGGACAUUGUCCCCCGCCGCCGAGGCCCCAUCAUGGGAACUUUCGUGGCCGAUCCAAACAAGCCCGUUGCAUUGGUUGACUGUACUGGCAAGCACCUCGUCAUAAUUCCCGCAUAUGCCUCCUCUCGUCAUGACUGGUUGGACUCGGCUGCCAACAGCAUGCCCGGAACCGCCAAUAAUAGUCCUCGUCAGACCACCCUGCAAUUGAUUGACGAGAGCGAUACCGAUGCCCUUGCAUCCCCCAACCAAAUUGAUUUCAGUCCAAUGCUGGCCUCGAGUGCCAAUCUGAUGAUGACCGCCCUCGGCAACGAUUUGACGCCGGGUGGCCAGGUUAUGGGUCCACCCGAGGCAUUCUACCCCUCUCAAGACUUCACCAUUGAUAGUUCUUUCGAGGAUGAUGAUGAAGACGAUCCCGAGGCUGCUCUCAACGUGGAUGACUUUAUCGACUUCGGAAAUGGAUCUUCCGACGAAGAAGACAAUGACCAGGACAACGACAAUUUCAAUGGUUUCGAUGAUGAGGCGCUCAUUUCUCCCAUGGCCACCUCCUCUAUGCAGCCCAUGGGUACUCCUACACCGGCUCGCAACUCGGUGUCCCAGCAGGAUAACAACGCAGAGCGUUUCCUGAACCAUCUUGACAAGGGUAUUGUCACGGCUUUCCGUCGUAACCACAAUCGGUACCAGGCACUUCUGCGCCUUCCUCAACACCGCGAGUUCAUGCCCGCCAACUCCCCCUCGCGUCCCGCCAGUGUCUUCCGACAUGCCAAGAAUCAAGACAUGCGCACUCCAGUCCGGAAGCGCAAGGCCAGUGGCUAUGCAGGUGGUGAGGCCGUGCGGCGCAAGCUUAUGGAUGCCCACCGCCGCACCCAGGUCCCAUUCUGAGCACUCCUGACAAACCUCCCCGCUUGUUCAGACCUGUACAAACGCCCCUUGCUGGCUAACCCCUCCAGCUCCUCCCUUUACGAUUUCGACGAAGUUUGGAUUUUUGUUCCUCCCAAGAUCGCAUGAUACACACGGACACUGUUAAAUAUGUUUCGAGUCGCUGGCAGACUUGGCUCAAGGCGACAAUCGAUGUUUUCUUCGUGUCUAGUUAUCCGGACACGCAGAAGAGGUCUUUCUUUUCACACCGAGAUGGCGUCCAAUUGACGCCUUCGGUCCAUAGACAAGAUCAAUCUUGCCCUUCUUGUUUUUCAACUCGAAGAAUCAACUGAAGGCAGAUUCAUUGCGCCUCCCUUUCCCCACAUUCACUGUUGUUUACCCAAAAGAAGAUCGAUGGAAGAUGGCUCACGAGCUCAAAAGUUGAUCGAUUCUUGUGUUUUCGCAUUGAGUGAAGUUGCUUUUCGCCAUUCUUUCCCUCCUUUUCUCCUCUUCUUUGCCUUUCCUAUUAUUAUUUUUCCCUAGCCAUGUACUUCCUCGCUGUGUGCGGGGUAUGGUGAUACCUUUUGGAGAUCUUAUGGAGUUUAAGUGAGGUUCAUAUCUUUCAAUCAAAAUUUAAAACCAAUGAGUCGUUGCCGGUAGAUUGAAUUAGUAGUGUACAUACGGGAUCUGUGUAGAGCCAUGUGUUAUGGAAAGGGUCCUUCGCUACGCUUUGCCUAAGUUAGAUUUCUAUUCCAGGCUCGACUCUUGUCCAUUCCCAAC